AUGGGUGGAAAUAGUCUCUUAGGUCCAAUACCUCAUACAAUUGGAAACCUCACAAGCUUAAAUUUUCUAGACCUUUCCGCCAAUAACCUUAUCGGAAUGCUUCCGCAUCAAAUAGGAAACUUGCAGAAUUUGGAUUAUCUAGGAUUGUCAAAUAACCGUCUCUAUGGUCCAAUACCUCAGACAGUUGGAAACCUCACAAACUUAAUUCAUUUAUACCUUUCUGCCAACAACCUUUCUGGAAUGCUUCCGCAUCAGAUAGGAAACUUGCAAAAUUUGACAACUCUAAGCUUGUCAAAAAACAAUCUUUGUGGCCCAAUACCUUUGACAAUUGAAAAUCUCACAAGUCUUAGUGUUCUAGAGCUUUUCACCAAUAACCUCACUGGAAAGCUUUCACCUAAUUUAGGAAACUUGGAGAAUUUGGAAACUCUAAGCUUGUCAGAAAAUAAUUUCUAUGGUCCAAUACCUCAGACAAUUGGGAACCUCACAUGGGUCCAAUAUCUAUGGCUUUCCACCAAUAAUCUCAUUGGAAUGAUUCCACCUCAAAUAGGGAACUUGCAGAAUUUGUUGGAUCUAUACUUGUCAAAUAAUAACUUUUAUGGUCCAAUACCCGACACAAUUGGAAACCUCACAUUCCUGACAACCCUAUUGCUUUCCACCAACAAUCUCACUGGAACACUUCCUACCCAGAUAGGAAAGAUGCAAAAUUUGAUUGAACUAGACUUGUCAGAAAAUAGUCUCUCUGGUUCAAUACCUCAGGCAAUUGGAAGCCUCAUAAACCUUGAAUAUCUAAUGAUUUCCACCAACAGACUCACUGGACCACUUCCAUCUAAGAGUGAAAAUCAAGCAUCCAUGCUUAUGUCUUCAACCAUUUGCAAUUUACGUAAUCUCCAAUUUUUGGUUUUGGCCAAUAAUUCAUUAACUGGGUUAAUUCCUCAAUGCCUGGUAAACAUCAAUGAAGAUCUCAUUGUGUUGGACUUGCAUCAGAAUCGAUUUCACGGAUCAAUUCCAACAAGUUUUAAGGCAAAUUCUUUGUUGCGACUUAAUUUGCGUGAUAACCAGUUAGAGGGAAUUGUGUCGCGAUCUUUAAUCAACUGUAAAGAGUUGGAAGUUCUUGACCUUGGAUACAACAACUUGAAUGGUACAUUUCCAAUGUGGUUAGGAGCUCUUCCAAAACUAAAGGUUCUUAGUUUGAGAUUUAAUCGGUUGAACGGUUCCAUAACAAGUCCAAGAAUUAAAGGAUAUUUGUUUCCUCAACUUCGUGUCUUUGACCUCUCUUACAAUGAAUUUUCAGGAGAUUUUCCCACAUGGUUUUUCAAGGAUUUUAAAGCCAUGACAAAUGUGGAUAACUAUAAAAAACCACAAGAAAUAGACAUAAACAUUAUUGGCCACGGAGAUGAUGAACGUAACUAUCAGGAUACUAUUGAUAUUGUAUAUUACUAUAGAGAUUCUAUGCUGGUAGAAAUGAAGGGGGAAGAGCGUGAGCUUUUGCAUAUAAUAUUUAUCAUGUAUAGUGCUAUUGAUCUCUCAAGUAACAAAUUUGAAGGGCAUAUUCCAGAUAGUAUCGGAGGUCUUCUUGCAUUACGUGAAUUAAAUUUAUCACAUAACAAGUUCACCGGACACAUUCCAACAUCUCUUGGAAAUUUAUCUAUGUUGGAAUCCUUAGACCUUUCUUCGAAUCAAAUUGGUGGAGUUAUCCCUAGGCAAUUGGCAGGUAUUACAACACUUGAAGUGUUAAACCUCUCACAUAAUAAGUUAAUGGGAUGCAUACCUCAAGGCCCACAAUUCAAUACAUUUGAACUGAAUUCAUUCCAAGGAAAUGAUGGAUUGAAAGGGAAACCUUUGUCACAAGGUUGUGGGAAUGGCAAGACACCGCCACUUCCAGCACCAAAGGAACUCUCCGAAGAAGACGAUUCAAGUUUUUUGAGCGGAUGCACCGUAAAAGUUGUGGCAAUUGGGUACAGUUGUGGUAUUCUUUUUGGAUUAUUCAUGGGAAGUCUCAUGCUCCUAACUGGAAAGCCAGAAUUCAUUGCAAGGUUUGUUGAAGAAGAAGCAUACAUACUAGCAAUGAAGAUCAAACGAAGAAGAUCAAAAACAAGAAGGAGAAGAAACUAG